CAAAGAGUCACUGAUUAUUUAAUAGGAAAUGUUGCUUGAAAAUAGGGUUUAUAUAGUAAUGAGGAAUGUAUUGUUGAUGCUAUUUCAGAUAUUUCACCUCGGAAAAAAUGGUGAAUCCAAAAGGUAUUCGGCGUGGUACACGUUAUAUGUUUGCUAGAGCAUUUCGAAAACAUGGAAUUGAACCACUGUCAACAUUUUAUCGGACUUACAAACGUGGUGACAUCGUUGACAUCAAGGGAAACGGUGCCUUCCAGAAGGGUAUGCCUUUCAAGGCAUAUCAUGGACGAACUGGACGUGUUUUUAAUGUCACCAAACACGCUGUAGGAGUUUUAGUCAACAAACGUGUCAGGAACCGCAUCAUACAAAAGCGCAUCAACGUUCGCAUUGAACAUGUGAGACCAUCGAAAUGUCGUCAGGAUUUUUUGAACCGAGUUAAGGAAAAUGAGAAAAAGAAGAAGCUCGCACGAGAAACUGGUCAAAUGGUACCCAUUAGAAGAAUGCCAAAAGAACCGAGGAAAGCUCAUUUGGUCAAAACACGUUCCAAUAAGCCUCAAUUGCUCUGUCCAGUCAGAUUUGAAAUUAUUGCUUAAACAACAUUUAUCUUUUCGUUAUUUGUUAUACUGACAUUGGAAUAAAGAUUUCUGUUAUC